AGUCGUAUGAAGCUGACCACAAGCGAGUACAUGUCAGGGGGACAGAAAACUAAAAUGGAUAAUAAUCUUGUAAAACUGGAAAUCUUUUUUGCUGAGAUGACAUAUGAAAGCAUCGAAUCCCAAAAGGCGUAUGAGUCCCAGAACCUGAUCUCUGAUGUUGGAGGACAGCUAGGUCUUUGGUUGGGACUGUCCGCCAUUACUGUGGGGGAGAUAUUUGAGUUCGCUAUGUCUGUGUUCCGCUUGUGUACAGCGAAAUUCUUCUCCAAGAGACACCGAACAACAGAUUCGACACCCAUUACGACGUUCAAGAGUGACGCAUCAUAGACUGGGCAAUUUUUGCCAAAGAUUGCUAGCAAAUUUGACAGCUAUUGUUUUGCAUUUAUACCUUGUUAUGGGAUUUGAAAAAACAAAAAUCUGCCUAAUCUGCUUGAAAAAUCAGAUGUUGGAUUGGUUAUAUUAUAUAAUGUAGAGGCGGAGAUAAACAACCAUUUAAAACAUCAUAUAAACUUUCAUAAAAGCAUUACAUACUUAUCAUAAAUAAUUGUAUUGUUUAUAGCUUUUUUCUAGAUCGAUCAUAAUUUUUGUUCGUUUUCUUUACAUUUUACAUUUAUAUACAGUCUAACAGGUGUGAUGCCGUAUAUAAAAUGCUAAGGAUUGUUUCCUUAGUAAGAAUUCUUAUUUUUGGGUCUUUAUUCUUUGACCAUUCAAAAGUUGCAUGAAAAAAAAUCUUUAAUCUAUCUGUCUUAUAUUUCAAAAUUAGGCGUCGAUGAUUUCAAAUUUUCCUACUUUUAAUCUUUAUCUAUAUCUGUAUAUUAACCAACAGAAUAAGUUUCAUCAAACUAGCAAAUGUAUCCUUGAUUCAGAAAAACUGUAAAUCAGAAUGGCGGAAUUUUUAGGAGUAUAUCAUAUUUUGUUAAAAACAGAAAGAAAAUGAAAAAAAAAAUUAAAAUGUGACAUAAUUUUUUUUGCUUCAUCUAUAUAACUAUCUGAGAUGGUGAAUAAUCGCAAUAAGUACUAUUUAAUUUGUUGGAUAAGGCAAAUGUAAAAUCAUAUAAUACAAGUUUCCUCAUAUUCAUAUAACAAACGUUUAUAAUACAAUUUUUACCAUACAUUGAAGCAGGAUUCAUUUCAACAGGUUGGGUAUUUCUUCCGCAUAGAUUUUAAUGGUAAAACCUCUCAUUUCCAUUAGACAUUCAUGCCUUCGACUUUAAUGCAAAUAUUUGAUAAGGAGUCUUUGAUGCAACAAAACAUUUUUUCCGUUUUUGUUUGUAUGUUUGUAUGAGACUUUUUUUCCGAUCCCGUGUAAAUUUAAAUGCACAUCUUAAAUUUAUGACAGCAAUGUUUUUUUUUAAAUCCUCCAGUUCAUUUUUU